CGAAAUCCUGCCAGGAUGAAGCUCUCCUAGACAGUCGAGAGCAUGUUCAGAGAGAAUGGAGAUGGGAGGAGCAGCUGGAAGGGGAGGAGGAUGCGGUGCACAAGGUGGGGGACCUGAGAGAUAGUGGGACUCCUGUGCCCCCGCCACGUCCACCCCGGGCAUGACCGGUAUUGAUUCGCCAUCUUCUGAUUCGAUUUUCCGGUCUUGCCACUUCGGCUACCGUCGCGUAGCUAUGACUACCACCGUUGUUUGGGGCACGAGAUGUGGCCAGGGCCAUAGGGACGAGGCCACAGGCAGUCAUGGCGCUCAGGCGGCGCCGUGUCAAAGUCUAUAUCCUGAACGAUCACCGGGAAUGGGACGACCUAGGCACCGGGUUGAUCUCAUCUACUUACGUGGGGCGGCUGCAGGGAGUGUCCCUGCUAGUUCGUUCCGAGUGCAACGGCUCCCUAAUCUGGGAGUCGAAGAUAAAUACACACACACGGUAUCAGAAACAACAGGAGUCAUUGAUUGUUUGGUCGGAAGCCGAGAACCACGGUCUGGCGCUAAGUUUCCAGGAACGAGCCGGCUGUCAGGCAAUCUGGAAGGACAUUUGCCGCGUUCAAGGUAAAGACCCCUCCGCCGAAAUCACACAAGACCUUUUGGAUGAAUCAGAAGAGGAACAAUUUGAUGAAAUACCAGACACCAGUAAUCUGGUUGUCCUGCCUAAUUGUGAACUCAACAAUCUUGAACAGAUUGCUGGCUUAGUUAACACAGUUCUUGCCUCGCCUAUCCGUAGGGAAAGGCUGGCUCUGAUCUUGGAAAAUGAGAACUAUAUUAAAAAACUACUGCAGUUGUUCCACACUUGUGAGACGCUAGAGAACACCGAAGGCUUGCACCAUUUGCAUGCCAUUAUUAAAGGAAUCUUAUUCCUCAACAAGACAUCUCUGUUUGAGAUCAUGUUUUCUGAUGAAUGCAUCAUGGAUGUGGUGGGAUGCCUUGAAUACGACCCUGCUUUGGCUCAGCCUAAAAGGCAUAGGGAAUUCUUGACCCAAGUUGCAAAGUUCAAGGAAGUUAUACCAAUAACAGACUGUGAACUUAAGCAAAAAAUACGUCAGACCCACAGGCUACAGUACAUUCACGAUAUCUUAUUGCCUAUACCAUCCAUGUUUGAAGAGAAUAUGCUUUCUGCUCUUACUACUUGUAUUUUCUUCAACAAAGUUGAGAUAGUCAACUUACUGCAGAACAAUGACAAGUUUUUGUCUGAGGUUUUUGCACAGUUAACAGCUAAGACCACAGCUGAUGAUCAACUGCGUGAAUUGGUGUUUUUUUUAAAGGAAUUCUGUGCAUUUUCUCAGACCUUACAACCACAAAGCAAGGAUGCAUUAUUCCAAAAGUUCACAAGAUUGGGAAUUCUUCCUGCUCUUAAAAGUGUCAUAGGCAUGGACAAUCUGCAGAUAAGGUCAGCUGCUACAGAUAUAUUUGUCUAUCUAGUGGAGCGUAGUCCAUCCAUGAUCCGACGAUUUAUAAUGGACGAAGCCCUGCUCUGCAAAGAUGGUAACCUUUUAAUUACUAUAAUAAUUGAACAAAUGAUCGGUGAUACUGACCCUGAGCUAGGAGGUGCUGUUCAAUUAAUGGGGCUUCUUCGUUCUUUACUUGAUCCAGACAACAUGCUGGCUGUACCUAGUGAAAGACAAAGAAGUGAAUUUCUAAAUUUCUUCUACAAACGUUGCAUGCAUGUCUUGAUAGGGCCACUUUUGGCCAGCACUUCAGAAGACAAAUGUGAAAAGGAUAAUACAGGUGGAGCUAGCAAAAAUUGCCCCGGUGCUGUUCGCUUUAUGAGAAGGAUGAUUGGCCGUAAAGAUGAACUUUAUAAUUGUUACAUCAUCAAGGGAAAUCUUUUUGAGCCAGUCAUAAAUGCUCUUCUGAAUAACGGGACUCGGUACAAUAUGUUGAAUUCAGCUGUAAUUGAGCUGUUUGAAUACAUAAGAGUGGAAAAUAUUAAGUCUCUUGUUGCACAUAUAGUUGAGAAGUUUUAUAAGGCAGUUGAAUCGAUUGAAUAUGUUCAGACAUUCAAAGGACUGAAGAUUAAAUAUGAACAAGAGAAAGAGAGACAAAGUCAAGUACAGAAGAAUUUGCAUCCUAUACUGCCUAGCAAAAUACUUUAUGAAGGUGCCAAUGUCUUUGAGGAGAUAGAAGAAGUGAGUUUUAAGGAAGAUAAAGAGGAAGGAGGAGCAAUUAUGCCGCCAUUGGAAACUCCUGCGCCAAAAGACCACUUUCCAAAUCAUUGUGGUAACAUGACGGAGAUUGAAAAAAGAAAAGUCAAUGCAGACAAGACCAACCUUCAGGAAAAAGCAUCUGGUGACUUCAAAUUUACUCCAUCGCUUUCUGCCGGUGUUGCUAAUGGAACAAGUAGUCCAGAUGGUAGCAGUGUGGUUGGUUUAGUGAAAUAUCCAGAAGAUGAAGAUGGAGAAAUUGGAGCACCGCCCCGGAAAAGACUUCAUCUCAGUUCAUAAAAUCUUUACUGGGAGACCUCAACGUGUG